AGACCCGCGACAGAGGAAGGCCAAGUAUCUUCUUCCAAAAUAGGCCACAUAUAAGUGUAGAGAGAGAGAGAGAGAGAUCAGAGAGAGAGAGAUGGGAGAAGGGACGUUCACGUUGCUCUUGUGCCUCUUUGCCGCGGCAAUGUCAAUGGUACACGGUGAGGACCCUUACCUCUUCUUCACAUGGAACGUUACCUACGGCACAAUUGCUCCACUUGGGGUCCCUCAACAAGGCAUUCUCAUAAACGGUCAAUUUCCCGGACCCAAUAUCAACUCCACUACCAACAACAACAUAGUCAUCAAUGUCUUCAACAACCUAGAUGAGCCAUUCCUGGUGACAUGGAGCGGCAUCCAACAUAGGAAAAACUCUUGGCAAGAUGGUACACUUGGAACCAUGUGCCCAAUUCCCCCCAAUACAAACUACACCUAUCACUUCCAAGUCAAGGACCAAAUUGGAAGCUACAUCUACUACCCCACCACUGCCAUGCACAGGGCAGCUGGUGCCUUUGGUGGCCUCCGUGUGAACAGUCGCUUACUCAUUCCUGUCCCAUAUGCUGAUCCCGAAGAUGAUUACACUGUCUUGAUUGGUGACUGGUACAUCAAGAGCCACUCUACCCUCAGGAAAUUCUUGGAUAGUGGCCGCUCCCUAGGUAGGCCAGACGGUGUCCUCAUCAAUGGAAAAUCUGCCAAGGGUGACGGCAAGGAUGAGCCCUUGUUCCAUAUGAAGCCUGGCAAAACCUACAAAUAUAGAAUAUGCAAUGUUGGCCUAAAGAAUUCCCUUAACUUCAGAAUCCAAGGCCACACCAUGAAGUUGGUGGAGAUGGAGGGCUCCCACACAGUCCAAAACACAUACCAAUCCCUUGACGUCCAUGUGGGACAAUGUUUCUCAGUUCUUGUCACUGCGGACCAAAAGCCGAAGGAAUACUUCAUGAUUGCCUCAACUCGGUUCACCAAGAGUGUGCUUAAUGGUAAGGGUCUCAUCAGUUACACCAAUGGCAAGGGCCCAGCCUCACCUGAGAUCCCUGAGGCCCCUGUUGGUUGGGCCUGGUCCCUCAACCAAUUCCGCACCUUCCGUUGGAACCUCACUGCCAGUGCUGCCAGGCCUAACCCUCAAGGAUCCUACCAUUAUGGUGCCAUUAACAUUACCCGCACCAUCAAGCUCGUGAACACAGCCAGCAAGGUUGACGGCAAUCUUCGUUAUGCUGUAAAUGGCAUCUCCCACGUCGACCCUCCCACCCCGCUGAAGCUAGCAGAGUACUAUAGAGUCGCGGAUAAGGUCUUCAAAUAUAACAUCAUCUCUGACGAUCCACAAUCUGACGGUGUAGAAGUUACCAAGGCACCGAUUGUCUUGAACGCAACUUUCCGUAACUUUGUCGAGAUUAUCUUCGAGAACCACGAGAAGAGCAUACAAUCUUGGCAUUUGGAUGGAUACUCCUUCUUCGCAGUUGCCAUUGAGCCUGGGAGGUGGAACCCAGAACGUCGAAGGAAUUACAAUCUUCUUGACGCUGUAAGCAGGCACACAGUCCAAGUUUUUCCCAACUCAUGGGCAGCCAUUCUCUUGACAUUUGAUAAUGCCGGAAUGUGGAAUAUAAGGUCUGAGGUGGCAGAGAGGCGCUACCUCGGACAACAACUCUAUGCUAGCAUUUUGUCUCCUGCACGCUCCCUUAGAGACGAGUACAACAUUCCUGACGAUUCCUUGCUUUGUGGCAUUGUAAAAGAUCUACCCAAGCCCCCACCGUACACCAUCUAAAGAUGAUCUACCCUCACGGCACACGCCAUUUCACACAAGGAUAGUGGGAGUGAGAAGAAGAUAACGGGAGAGACCACCUAUCAUGUGUAUGAUAUCAUGAGACACAUGAUUUAAUUUAUGUAAUUGUACUUAUACAUUUUUUAAGCAAACAGUCGAGAAGAUGGUAAAGAAUAAGAGAUUGGAAAACGAUAGUUGCUGCUUA